UCUGUCAGCCGAAGCUGUUACUAGAAAGUACAACUGGAUGAGUCUGAGCCACAGUUCACACCUGAAAGGCUCAACUGGCGAUUUACUGGGACUAUUCUGGCGCCCUUUUGCUCUUUUCAACACGAAACAUGACAAAACUCAAAAGCUCAUCGCUGUGAUGUUGCUGCCUCGUAAUUAGUCGAACUAGCGUAAGCAAGCUAUUUGGCUGCUAGCUCACUUAUAGCUUACUAGCGUAUUAGCUACAACUUCAUGUUACAUUUGAACUCCCUCGCCUACGGUGGGACAUAGGACAUAGGCUGCCGUGUACGUCGUCAUGGCACAUAGAAAAGAACUAUUUCAAACUAAAGUACUCCAGAAGCUCUACCCUGCAGCUCCCAAACCUGAAAAGAAACCAAGCCCUCCAGACAAUGUAGAAGUCCUGUCCAAAAAAUCUUCUGUCAAAGCUACUCAAGUUGACUCUAAAGCAGGCAAUGCAGGGAUGACACAGAGCGCAGCCAAUCCAGGCAGGCGGCUGUACACGGUCCUGCCUCCUCCUGCAGACUAUAAGAUGGAUUCAGAGAAAUCCGACACAAUGCCUCAGCAAGAAAGCGUAAAUAGCUCCAAGGACCCAGCCGAGGAGAUCACUCAUGAUAGUGAUGAAGAAUCAAACGAUGAUGAGGAGGGAGAAGAACAGAAAAGAAAAAGGAGAAGGAAAAGGAAACCUGGUAAUCGUAACGCUGCUACAGAUGGAGCAGCAUCAGUGAGCGAGUCCAGCAGAGGUCAGAGUCAGAUGUCUGUGUCUGAGGGAGGAGAGCCAAUCAGCAGGAACAAGAAGAGGAAGCUGAAGAAGAAACGGCACAAAGAGAAGCUUCGCUCCAUGGGCCUGAUGCCCCGUGCUGCUGCCCUGGAGUUUACAUACCAAAGAGAUGAGGAAGAUAAGAAUAUCGAGGAAAGAGCUGCCGAGGUGGCAGACUUCUUCAGGACAACAAUGAACAUCUAUUUAUCAGAUUCCUUGUCACAUUUAGACAAGCUUCCUCUCCUGUCUGAGACCAUGGAUGACCUUCUUCACAGCAUAGCCAGUGGCGACAAGCCCACCUCUGUCUUGAAGCAGCUGUAUUGCCUCAAGGUUUUAGUUCAGCAAAAAGAGACAGACAAACUGGAAAAGUCACUGGAUGAUCUGCAAACUGCUUCCAUUAUGUCUGAAGAGGAAACCACGGCGGUCAUUUCACUGUUCCAAUACUGGAUCACAGACAUUCUUCCCAUGCAGGCUGACAGGAAGACAGAACUUUCUACAAUGCACUCAUGAGGUUUUCACUCACGCAGGAACAGAGACUGAUGGGAGUAUUCCCAUGUUGAAAUGAUUUAUUCAUUACUGCAAAAAUCUGAAACUUUUUUUUCACUGGCCUGUGUUCAGUCUAUUUUAUACCUUAUUUUGUUAAGGAAUAAAACAAAGCCAGUCAAUCCUGAGCUUGGUAAAUCCUUCCACCCAGCAUGAAUCAGCUUGAAGUUGUGAUUCCCAAGCAAGCAGUUAUUUACCUUCUCUUUUAGUUGAGUUUAAUAACGUUUAAAUAAAUCCAUCCUCUAGCUGGUUCUAAAAACAAAUCCCCUCCCACACAUCUAACCCCCUAAUUGCUAGAGAGGCUCUCCUGGAGCUCCUGUAUGAUUUGCUGAUGAUCUAACCUGUUUAUAGUCCCUCAGUUAUUCACAAUACACUCAACAUAUCAGUUUCCAAGUUUGUAACUCUGAGCACCUUUCAACCGACCUAAGAGAUAUAAGCAUUUAUUACAUGAUCCCCACAACCAUUCGUUCCUCUUACCUAACUGUGAGCUCAACAGAGAAUGUUUUCAACAGACGAAGGAAACCAGAACCACCCAGGAGUCCUAACCUUUGGUGAUCAAAAACCUAUCUACAGCUCAGAUAAUCUAGUCUUAUACAUCUGACCCUAAGCUCAAUGCCAGGGGACGAGAAUUAACUCAGUUGGACAUUGAUUUUGUUGUGAACUGAGAGAGGACUGUCUGCCACAGACCCACCCUGGAGAAUCUGGGCUUUCCAGAACUGGAAUGCACUGAGAGGCACCAGCACGUUGAACUGUAAGCUGUAACACACGGCUUUGAGGUGUGAAGGGUUUUACAGUGGUGGGAACUAGCAGACUAGCCUCCUGUGGCUUUUGUUCAUGGCUGAAUGCAUCAAAUUUCUGAUUAAACCCAAUGGGCCUGUAAGUAUCCAGUCAAUGCAUUCAUACAUUUUCUUAAACCCAACAAUAUUAUCAAGAGGGAUGAUGAGGGCAACAAGAGCACUGUUGGACAGUAACACUGAAACAUCUUAACUGCUAAAUGAACGUCUGUAAUUCUGGUAAAGCUCUCCCCUGUGCCAAAAGCCUGAAUCAUAAUGUUUUAAGGAUUUCAGUUAUAUUUUCUGUCAGUCAGAAGGAGGAAAAAAAAUAUUUCACCUAUCUAGCGAAGUAGAAUGUCUCUCUGACUAUUCAUCUGACUGAAUAAUACUUCCUCCAGACAUAUUUCAAACAGAUCAGCUGUCAAAAAAAUUCUGAAAUGUUUACUGUUUUGUCAGUAGCCUGGUUAAGUGCUAACACUAUACUCAGAAAUUUCCUGUAAGAAGUCAACUGUACCCUCAAAAGAAAAGUUAACUUGUGUUAUGCAAAUCCUUUUAGUGGGAAGCUGCAAACAGCAGGAAUGUUUAGUUAUCAUAAGCAAUAAUAUGCCAUUGCAGCUCCUCAUUAGAAAAUAAUGUCAUAAAAAAGUAAAUAACGAAUUCCUGAAUCCAAGUUUUUUUUAAAACAGCGUUUCCAAACAUCCUAGUUUAAUUUUGGAUGCUUACUUUGUUUUAC